AUGGAAGGGAUUUUAGGGCAGAACAGGCUUGAAGAUGUGAGUUGGCUAUGCUCCCUCUCCGAGUCCGAGCUCGACAUGUUGAUUAGCUUAAAAAGCAUUGUUCUUCAACGUGCAAGAAUGAUUGGGCAUGAGGAACUAGCCAACAAUUUUGAUCUCAAGAUGCUUCGAGCUCUUGCAUUUGUUCUUAUGGAAUGUAUCAGAGAUAAGGUGAAGGAUUUGACACUGGCCGAAUCUGCUGCAUUUAUGGAAAGUUGCAAUCUAUUAAAAUACAACCUUGGUGAUAUUAUGAGUCUUGAAGAGAUAAGGGCAUGUAUUGGGAUCAAUUCGAGAAAGGGUCCAAUAAAAAGAAGUGUUCUUUCCUGCCAAAAAGACAUGCAAAGGUUUUCAAAGGUCAAAAAUGUGUUGCACAUAUACAAUGCAUCUGGUAUUACUUUUAGCUCCUUGCCAUCAGUGGAUUAA